CGCCUUGAUUUUUGACUGAUGCCCCGACUGAUGCUUGAAUUUUCUUGCAACAUUAUCAGCGCAGAGCAUUUACCCGGUAUGAUAACACGUACGGUAUACCGUAUGUCAUGUACGUGGUAUAUACGGUACUCCAUCCCAGGCUUGAGCUUCUUUGAGCUGCAAAAUGUAUAUGAUAUGACGGCAGCGCGAGCUAGGGGAUCAAUUUUUAGGUGCAAACUGAUGUUUGAUUUCUUCAUGUUUUCUGGUAGAGACUUGAUGUAGACAAUGGCAGCAGCUGCAGAACCCCCUCUGGUGUGCUUAGAAAGCAAAGGUGGGUCACCAGAGGUCAACAGAAAUGGGCAAGAAAGAGUACAUGUAGCAGAGAACUUUGGAAAUGAUCACUUAAAAAACAGAGAGGACACCCUCAAUCAUCAAACUUCAUCCAAGAAAAGUAGAGGGAAAAAACGUCAAGGACGACGAAAAGAUAGAGCAAGUAGUAAUGGGAUCCAUGAACUUGAUGAUAAGGUUGAAACAAAGUUUGUUGAAAGUAAAACCACUACCAAAGAAUCAAAGAGGACUUGUCAAUCCGACAACCAUCUUAAUCAUCAAAGUCACAAUCAUGUGAUCAGUGAACCUUUGAAUGCUCUUACGCAAAUGGUUGAGAAAUUAGGAGUGCAGGAUGGCAUUGCCCCCCAGAUGGAACACUCCCACACAGUUGUUGAUGUGCCUUCGGAUGCAGCGUGCCAGGAUGGUGAUAUAGACGAGUCGCUCACGGAUGCAAAAUGCAACUCAGACGAUGAUGAGGAUGAUGCUGACUUGGAACUGCCAUCCUCACUAUCAGACUUUGUCCUUGGUUAUCAUGAAGACUACCACUAUGCCCUUACAAAGCUUCCUCCCAAUGAUGAAGACAUUGAUACAAUACCACUAGAUGAUUCAAAUAGCUGUGUAAGAUUAGUACCCUAUGAAUCAGAACUGCAAAUGCCUGAUAUCAUAAGACUAAUAACAAAGGACUUAUCAGAGCCUUACUCCAUAUACACUUACAGAUAUUUCAUCCACAAUUGGCCAAAUCUAUGUUUCUUGGCUAUGCAUGGUUCAACUUGUGUAGGAGCUAUUGUGUGUAAGCUGGAUGUACACAAAAAGAUGGUCAGACGAGGCUACAUUGCUAUGUUAGCUGUAGAUGAGGAAUAUAGGAAAAGGAAAUUAGGUUCAAGUCUUGUCAAGAAAGCAAUCCGUGCAAUGGUGAGAGGAGAAUGUGAUGAGGUGGUUCUAGAGACAGAGAUCACCAACAAGCCUGCCUUGCGUCUUUAUCAAAACCUUGGCUUUGUGAGAGAUAAGAGACUAUUUCGCUACUAUCUUAAUGGUGUGGAUGCACUAAGACUCAAACUCUGGCUACAAUGAGAGCAUUAUAAUACCUGCAACUUUAGCAUUGUAGUUGUAGCUACGCAACCACAUUGGCAACCAUACAGCAAGACAUGUUACGUGUUGCUGUCAGUACCUCAUGAGCAUGUAGAAGGCUUCCAGAUCCAUCGUUAUCGCAAACUUUGUACCCGCUGCAUGAAUAGGAAAUUGGUAUGCACUUUGUGACAAAACUGAAUGGUUUUACAUGCAUUUUAACACAGAAUUGGAGCACGAUUUCCAGAGGACAUCAGAAAUGCAUAUAAACUCGCAAUUUCAAGAAAUUUUGCUGGUUGCAUUACCAUGAUUAUAAGUGUAAUAAUAAUAUUGAUGGUAAUGACUUACAUUUAUAAAAUGCCCUGUAAAAGUUAACUUUAAAAAACACAAAGGAUAAUCAUUCUUUUUUCUUGAAAGUUUGUGUUUUUAAUUGUUCUACAUUUACAUGUUUUUUAGUUAAGCACUGCUGAACAAACAACUGGCAUCAAUUUUGAUCAGAUUUAUUUUAAACACCACCUAGGACAUUAAAAAAUGUGUAUGUUGUUUCACUUUUAAAAUUAAAUACAAAAGGACAUAUUCUUCAUCGUUAAUCAUUGAUGGAAAAUAUAGCCCUACUGGUUCUAAACCUUUCAAUAGGAUUUUCAUCCCAAAUGAUUUUCCUGAUUUCUAUUGGCAAUUCUUAAGGUGCAAAUAGAUAAAUUAUGAACUAGCGUUAUAACAUAACUGGCAGCUGAAAUUUAUAUAGUCUGAAGGAAAUGUACUGAUAAAACAAGAUUGCUCAUAUUCUAAUCUUAUUCACAGUGUAAAACCAUGGCACCACUUGACAUGAGCUUUGAUGUGUGGUACACUCACAAUUAUUCCCAGGUUUAAAUCCAAAUUAAAUGAAAAAUUUAUUCUACAUUUCUAUGAAAUGCCUUGUUUCAAUAUCUCCAAUACAUUCAUCUUUCAUGAAAAAGAUAAUGUACCAAAGAUUCAAAGGAAUUUAUUGGAAAUCUUUCAUCAUCCUUCUCAUUUCACAAAACUCAUUCUUGUGACAAAUUUUCACUACAGUAUUAGUGUAUUUGGUAAAUGAGUUGGUAGCUGGUGCUUCAUAAGUCUGAAGUUAUCCUAGGGUUUACUAGACCAAUUCUUUGAGAAUAUCACCCAAUGUCAGAGAAAUCUAUAUUUUAUUUCAUGUGAACAUUAUUAUCAGCUUUUCAUAAACCAUACAAAUAAAAUAUAUUCUACCAGACAUAACAGACAGUGCUGUUCCAUGUACCAAUUCUUAUCCACCAGGUUCCUUUGAAAAUGAAUUUUGCCCUAGCCUUUUGGAUAGGUAUUAUCGAAAAGUUUCAUGAACACUUUGCCUGGUCAUGUGUAUGCUCCCCACAGAUGAUUUGUUUAGAAUCUUCCUCAUGAAUUUAUAAUGAUACCAUGGUAAUUAUUACCAGGUGGUUUUCGUCCUGCCUUUGUGGCAUAAGCAAGACAUAGAUAAGAUGCCUCUUUUCUGAUGGUCGCAUUGAUGUCAGCAUUGAAAAUCUUAACCUAUGAGUACAUUAUGUUCUUUAAAUGUUAUAACUCAUGAAACAUGAACAUGGUAAUCAAGUGUGACUGGUCAUUUAGCAUCCAUUAAGGAUACAAAAGGAAGGUCAAUGAUCAUUUGAGGUCAAUAUACUGCAAUUUCCAAGAACCCAACAUUUAGUUUUCUCUAAUCAGCCAUUUGAUUUAUCCUAUUCUUUUCAUCUCCCAUUGAUUUUGUACCUAAGGAGUAUCAAUUGCCGUCAUGAGAGUAAAAUAAAAUGUCAGUUCAUUUCAGGUCAAAGACCGAGAUGCAAACACAUUUUCUCAUUUGAAAAGUAAAUGAUCAAAUCCAUUCGUUUUCAUAUUCACUUCAAGCAGGUACAAUGUCUCUAUGAAUCUUCUCACUUUAUAAGAAGAAGAUGAACUUCGCUAAAAUUCACAACCUGGUUAUCACAUGGGCACUACAAGGGGAAGACGGGAGAGUUAAUAUAGGGCGUAAUGAAACACUUGGGGAGAGCGCCCGAUAGCCUUGACUAAAGUAGACAGUUGCGUAGCGCCAUGUUUGGUUGUGUACAAACAUAUAAGAGAAAUGGCAAAGGGGUGAAGGAAUAUACGAUUUUUACAUUUUUUUUCUUUCAAUUUUUUGUUCUAAAAUUGGAAAUGAAUAUAUCUUAGAGGUUUCUGGGAAAGAAAAGGUGGAAUUACCCCCAUGCACCGCCCUUGUGCUCUCUCUCUCUCUCACUCUCAUUUUCCCCAUAUGUUUUAUACAUACAUGUAGCCACUUUCACUCUGUGAAGGUUUACUCACUCAAUGCUUGUUGGCGCCCUUCCCCUUGAGCGAAAUUGAGAAUCUCAAAAAAUCGCCGAAGAUGUCCAGUCUUCCCCCUUGUACUGUCUUUGGUUAUUAUAUACGUUGUAUGAGAAAAGCGUAGCCUUUGUUUUGCACCGAGUUGCAAUUUGUGAUUAGGCAUGAAUGAUUAAGAAUCAUUAAAUGCAAUAGUGCAGAUUAUCAGACCUGUGAGCAUUAAAGUGCAACUUGCAAUGAUUCAGUGACCAUGACUUUUUUCUUCUUUUGUCAUGGAGAUGAGAUUAAAGCCUUCCAUUUCUGUUGAUAUUACUCAUUUUGACAGAUUUAUUGUAAAACAUUAAUCUAAUUACCAACCCCUGUACAAAAGACAAUGGGUCACGGUAGUAAAAUAUUUAUUUGUUUAAAAACAUUUACAAUAUAAGUAAUUCAUAUUUGAAAUACCAAGAAUUUUAUAUCAAAUGACUGGAUAUUUCAUCUAUUAAAAAAAAGAAGAAAUAAAUCAUGAUCAUUGAAACAUGUGCUAAUAAUGUUUAACCUAUCUCAGCAAGGUCCGGAAAUAUGCAUUACUACAUUUAAUGAUUCAUAAUCAUUCAUGCAUGAUUGAUCACAAUUAGCCACUAGUUAAAAAACAGAGGCUAUACUUUUCUCUUUCAUUUAUAUGCAAUUCUUUCGACUUUAUGAACUGCUUAUUUAUGAAGGACAGGUUGGAAAAUUUAUUUGUUCCAUCAUAUUUCAUCUUUUCCUUUUACAGUGAUUUAGGUGUACGUAUAAUUCCUUGGGACACUUUACUUGUACUAGUAUAUAAGGAAAAUAUGUCUGAAGUAUAUGUAAAAAUGAUAUGUACAUAUUUUCAGAUACUAAUCGGAUUAUAUUCAAAGGGUGAACAAAAGAAGAAGAUAAUUUCACAAAGUCAAUAUUGCUGCUAUAUAGAUAUCCAUAAUGCAGGCAAAACUGCCAGGUAUAAACUAAUGCAGCUUCUGGUUGAUAAGGAAGGAUGAUUUUUAUUAUAGGGGAAUUUCACCCUGAAGAAAAGUUUGUUGUCAAAAUAGCAGAAUAAUAAAAAAAUAUUGGUGAAUUUUUGAGGAAAAUCCAUUAAAGAUUAAGAAAGAUAUUAGAAUUUUAAGUUUUAGAUUUGUGAUGUCAUAAACGAGCAGCUGCCCAUAAGUUAUACAGUGCGUAUCAAAAAAAAGUUUACACUUAGAAAAGAACCUGUAAAAUUAUACAUUUGUAAUAUCCUGAAGCUUUUUCCACAUUUUAACAUUGGUACAGAUCCAUUUAAGCAAAUGACGAUAAAACUGUUGAAAAAUAUUUCCGCUUGAGUGAGCACCACUUUUGAAAAGUUAGUGAAAAAUGAUUUGCACAGAACUUUGAAAUAGUUAUGCGAAUAAAAGUAGACCUUAAUCAUGAAGAACACGUGGAAUUUAGCUAGUAAAAUUGAUUUGAAGAUAUCUUUUACCUUUUUUACUUGUUUCCUUUCCCAAAACACUUCGAAGAGUGCAUUGCGCGCCACCCCACUCCCCCAUGCACCGAGGCCAUCAUGACGAUAUUUACUUUACACUGAGCUGUGAUUUACAUGAAAUGGCUUGAUUUUCAUUUUGUUAAUCAUUGUCAAGCUUGGAAAAAGUGUGGAGAAACAAGUAUUAAAUGAAAAAUGAAAUGUAAACCCACUUUAAAUGAUAAAAACUUAGUGAAAAAAUACUGGAGAUGUCUGAUAUAAACUUUUGUUGAGAUUCAGUUGUCCUCAGAUCCAGCUGGCACAAAAAGGGUAAAGGUUGUGCUUACUAAGUGUUGAAAUUUCAAUUUGGGUGGCAAAAUUGUUACAAAAUGCUUGAAUGUAUCCGUUUUAUUUUAAUUGACUAAAAGUGCAAGGGAAAUGUAUGAGAAAUGUUUCGCAGGGUAAGUUUGAUUUCACCCUUUCCCCUUGACACAGCGUGAAAACAAGCAUUUCUGCGCAAACAGAUUUCUGCGAGCUUUACAAAAAUGGACAGGGCUCACUCAAGUGUAACAUUCUGUCAAAACUUUUGCUUUCAUUGGAUAUAUGAGACCCAAACUCAAGAUAAUAUGUGAAAAAAUUACCCACAUGUAUAUUUUUUAAUUCCCAGGGCUUUUUCAAAGUGUAAACUUUUUUUUAUAUGCACUGUAUAAUAUAAAAUGCAUAAAUUUCAAUUUUUGAAUGGUUCAUGAUUACUUAUUUUUGUUUUUUUCUUAGGAACAGGUAUGAAAUCAUUUGUCUAUUGAAAUACUGAAGGUACAGUAAUAAUCAUUUUCUGAGAAAUUGACAUGUCAUUGAUUUCUAACCAUAAGCUAUGUAAGAAAGCUGCUUGCAUAUGACAUCACAAAUCAAAGGAUUAAAAUUCUAACUUUUUUAUUCUCUGGUGGAUUUUCCUCAAACCUUCAGCAAUUUUUUUUUUUUUGUUGUUGCUAUUUUUACAAUCAACUUUUUGUCAGUGUGAACUUCCCCUUUAACAAAAAAUGAAGUUUAUUGUAGUUCCACUAUCAGCAUUUCCCCUGCCAGUUAUGUAUAAUUGAGAUAUAGUUAUGAGGUGUUUUUUUUUUUAAGUUAAUACCUUCUGAUAUUUUUUUUCUUUUCAUUGUGGUGGUUCCUUAUAAGAUAUUAGCAUUAUUCUCCACUAAAAUUGAAUUGAAGAACAAAAUUUUAUCUAUGCAUGAUCUUUCAACAAAUUUCCUCUAAGUACUAAAACUGGAAAUACAAAUUUACAAAUGAAGACAUGUUAAUACUCAUUAAGACAAGAAAUGUGAUAUCUUGAUACAUGUAGAUGAUAGCUAUAUUUUCUGCAAAAUUGAAUUUUGAAUGUCAAUAAUGUUGAAUACAAGCAUGGGAGAAUGUUAAUAAUAUUUUGGAAUGUUAAUAAUGUUGAAUACAAGCAUGGGAGAAUGUUCAUUGUAUGCAUUUUUGUAUCAUCUCCACUUAAUGCUAAUCAGAUUGAUAAUAUAUAAUUGAUUUACUCUAAUAUACUACCAAAUUCAUAUUUUCUCUUGAUAAGAAUAGAACAGCAAAGAUAUUAAGCGGAAGUAUUUACAUCAAGAUAAUAAAUGUUUGUAUUUUUGAUAAUGUGAAUGCUCUGUUUGAUAUUUUCUUGAACAGGUAUUCUUGUGGUGUACCAUUAGGACUUUUUAAAUUUUUCUUCACCCAUUAUAUUUUUAUGAUGACCAUUCUGUCAGUUUUCUUUGACGAGUUGAUUUCACUAUUUUACUUCAGACUGUGUAGAGACGCGUCUUGAGACGGUGAUUGUGUCUUGUGUCUCGGACACAAGUGUUUCUAACUUAGUCUUUGACUUGUCUAUGACCGAUUUGGACCCAACAAAUAAAAGCUCUUGUGAUGGACAAUAGAUUUAAACAUGUUUAAUGUGCCAAAUAUGAAUUUAGUGUCACUUUCAAUAGAAUAUAAUUAUUUUGUACUGUUUUGUAUCUGUAAGAUUUUACAUGCAUUUAAGAUUUCACUUAUAUGUAAUUUUCCCAUGUUUUGCAUUUAUAAGAAUUCUCUAAUUUCAAAGAGUAGUAUUUUAAAUUAUAAAAAGCACAAAAUAAUUUCAUAUUUAUGCUCCCUCGUAUAAAUCUUGAAGGAGGUAUUGUGGGAUUUGGUGUAUGGUUGCAAAUCUUGCUGAGGAAAACUACUUCCUCAGUUUUCACCCAGUGCUCACAAGACUUGGUACACACACACACAUUGGUCUUGGAGUGAAGGUGUGCUAGACACAUCUUUUUGUACGUGUUGGGUAUUGUGUUGCCAUAAGAUAAUGUAAAAUGUGGGUAAUAAAUCAAGGAAAAUGCUAUUUUCAUUUUCGUUUCUCUCAUGAGGUUUUAUCACCUUCAAUAUUUUCUAGUCUUUACUUAUUAUAGACUCUUUACUUUAUUUUGGUCUGCUUUCCUUUAAAAUAAUUCUCUGUAUUUUCCUCACUAUAAUAAGAAAAAGAAAAAUGAAAAUAAAAAGAAAGCAAUCUACACUUGCCAUGAGAGUAAUGUACAGGUAAUUCUAAGUGGAAUACCUCUGGACCAUGUGAAUCCAUUCCAAUAGAAGAAUUUCAACAUUGAAGAAUAAAUAAUAUUUGCAUUGUGGUAUGACAUGAACAUAAAUUGCUUUGAAGUAAGACAUUAUUUGAUGUGGGGAAGGUUGAUUUGUUGCAGACUUAUCUGUAUUUAUUUGAAUUGUUGUUCAUAAAAAAGCAGAGAGAACUAAUGAAUGAACCGGUAAAACUGUGUAUUAUGAUUCCCUUUAAUACACAUGCAAAUUAACUAAUUAUGUACAAUUCUUUAGAGAAGACUUUGGAGGAGAUAUAUUUUCAUCAUGAUUUGUCCAUCUAGUCUCUUGGUUCCAACAAGCCCAUCUUGUACAAAGCAGAUUCAGUCUUCUGCACUUUAAAUUCAAAUCCUCACUUGGCACAAUUCAGCAUUUGAAAACUACUUUUACAGUGUAACAUUAUCCAGCUUGGCCUUGUUCACAUAGGAUGUAAAGAAGGAUUCAUUUGCAAAACAAAAACAAAAACAAAAAAAUAGAACAAAGUGAAGUUUUACAUUGAAAAAAAAACCAGAUGUCUGUACACACAUAUAACAAAGUGUAAUAAAUUAUAGGACCUUAGUACCAGUUCUAUUUUUGUAGUACAUGCAUUUUCUGUUAGUUUUGCUUAUUCUAUAAUAUGUGAACAUGGCUUGGGCUUACUUGGAAAAUCAUGUGCAAUGUUUUGCUGGUAUGAUAAUGUUAUUUUUCAUGAGAAUAUUUAUUGCAACCAAUUUUAUAGAGAUAUAUGAAGUUAAUCAUAGGGCAACACACGAAUUUAAAGGCUUUUAUUCAUAAGCAUUGUUAGCCAGUUUAGCCGAAAUUGUGUCAUAACUUUACUAGACAUCAAUGUAAUGAGAGUUCAGCAUGCUAGAUUGAAGGUAUAGUUGAGCACCUUAUGGCAAAAUAAUAUGAUUGAAUUGUGCCUUGAUUUUAUUCUUCGAUAUUGGAUAUUUCAGUAGUCUCUCCCUUAAUGUUCAUUGAUAUACUUUUCAUGUUUUUGUGAAUUUGAUCAAGAAAAAGACAAGGAAUAGGGAUGGUUGAAUAGGCCUUUAUCGAGACCGUGAAUGCUGUAAAAACAAGAGCAUUAAUUCUUGAAUUUGUGAUAAUGAAUUAUGAAUUCCAUCUCCAGCGAAGUUACAGACAGACAGAAGAUAGUCAUCAACAUUUGAAUAAAUAUUAUAGGACGGACUUGAGUAGUGUUUUAAGUUUUAAAAUGUCUAGAACAUCAUUUUCUGUGUUCUUUCCUUUUAUAUUACGUACAUGUACUUGGAGAUUAAUGGUAAUGCUUAAUUGACAGUGUUAAUAUAUUAAGCUAUAUUAUUUUAUAUUAACUUUUGUUUUGAAAACAAAAGGUCACUAAUGAUUUUAAUUUUGCCAUCUUUUCAUGGCGGUUGUACAAAUUGUUUAUGGGAAAGAAAGUAAUGCAAAUUGUAAAAAAAAUGAAUGACUUCUACAUUAAUGGAUCCAUUUUUGGAAUCUAUUUCAUUAAAUGUUGGCAAUCGCA